CUAGCUUUCUACCAUCAUCAACCACUUCCUCUCCAACCACAUAUCUCCAACCAUUCAAGCACCGCUAGACAAACGCGAUACACAAUGGUUGAUAUACAGAAAGACACCGGCCCGCACUCGAAAUGUCACUUCUCGCACUCCCUCCUCCCCACCUACAUCGACCCUCACAACGUCUCGACGAAAAAGAAGCCCUUCUCCACAUUCAACAGCAUCCCUUUCUCGCACACUCUCGACCUCGUCCUCCCGUCUGAAAUAUACUCCCUCAUUCAAGACAAACUCGAGAAUGACAUGGCGACCAAGAUCCAAUAUGCGCGCGUGCACAUGAAAUUGGGCGAGAUACUACAGGGCGACUUCUUCACAGAGUACAUCAAGCAGGGGAACAUCAUGAUGUUGUCUGAAGGGCGGUCACAUGUAGACAACGUCAUUUUCCUAUACGAAGGAGUUUUACGUCUUGAGCUCGACCGGCCGACGUAUGAGCGCUGCGGACUCCAGGGAGUUUCCAUUGAGGAUGGAGGGAGGAAACAUCAGAAAGCACGAUGGGUCGUCGAAUACGAUCUGCGACAGCCGAGUAUGGUGCACGGAAAGAAGGGAUUUGGGAGACUGGAGUGGGCGUGUAAGAAUGUACUGGAUCAGAGCUUGACGUGGCUGUUCUACAACUUCAGUCCGACGAGUAGGGAGAGCUUGAAGGCCGAGCAAGAACCGAUCAAGGCAUUUGCACCAUUCAUCAAAGAGGCGAAGAUGGAGAAAGAUAUGUUGGAGAACUCAUUGAUUCCCGAUUUGAGGGUCGGUGAUUUGGAAGAUUUGUGUGCCCGAGAACAGGACGACGCCCUCGACUUACUGGAAUUGCUCGGUCUAAUCGCACUUGAGUCCCCUCGAAUUUUAGCAACCGACCAUACUGAUGCUUUCAUUUCUCGUUACGAAAGUCCAACCCUUCAUCGACCACUUGUCAAGAAAGAUCUUGUUCAUGUGAGGUUUCGAGGCUUCAUACCACCUCAAUUCGUGAGAGAAUUGUUUCUACUGAUCAGAAGUGGGGGACUUAAAGUUCCCCGACAGGACCAUGAUGGAGCUGGUGGAACUGCGAGCGAGGAGGAGAAUCGUUGGUUCUCACUGUCCGCGAAUGGAUUCGGUGGCCAACGGAGCUAUACCGUUAUGCAGUGGGCAGGCCGAGAAACAUUGUGCUGGGAAAUCGAGCAAUAGGCGAAUGGAAGCGCGAAACCAAGGCCGCGGAGCAAUCUCUCCGUCGAUUCACAUACACAGGCUCACUGUUCACUGCAGGCAGGCAUGAAGGAGGCAUCGGAAGGGCCGUGCUUCGGUCCACAACCUUCUGCUUCUCCAUUGUACGGAUGCAUUUCUUCUGUUUGCUUGGGUCUCGUAACCCUCAUGCUCAAACGUAAGAGUCGGAUCCGCAUUACCUCUCACCUCGAGAAAUAUGUCGCCUUGUUAGCCGUUGGUCUAGGAUCCCCAUACUCUUUUUACGCAUCGAUGUAACAUCAUCAUUGCCGAGUAUGAAGAGGAGACUGCUCCAUGCCCCGGGCUUAGAAAUGGAUUUGAAAUCGCACAGUAACACUUGGAACGGCAUGUUUAGAUCCGAUGCACUGUAGAGCUACAAAGCAGUUACCAGGACACCUUUACCUGCUUUUGGGGGUUACAGAACCUUAUAGAGAGGACCCCAUGGGUAAA